CCACAUUUGACAACAAUCAUUACCAUUUCUGUCUCAAUUUGGAUACAGCUGCCCUGUAGGAGUGCUGAUAAAAGAACUCUACACCCCCAUUAAUGAUAACCACUGCUCACUAGAAUCUGAUCAGAUAUCACUUUUCCAGCAUACAAAAAAAACAAACAAAAAAAUGGAGGGAACUAUCAAGUCUGCAGCCAACUACGUUCCUCUCACUCCCAUCAGCUUCCUCGACCGAUCCGCCGUCGUCUACGCCGACAGAACAUCCAUAGUCCACGGUCCCGUCACUUACACGUGGCGCCAGACCCGUGACCGUUGCGUCAGAGUCGCCUCCGCUCUCUCUCAACUCGGGAUCUCCGCCGGCGAUGUGGUUUCAGUGUUGGCACCAAACGUUCCAGCUAUGGUUGAGUUGCAUUUCGCUGUUCCCAUGGCUGGAGCUUUGCUCUGUACACUCAACAUCCGUCACGACUCUGCUCUCGUUGCUGUUUUGCUUAGACACUCAGAGACCAAAGUCCUUUUCGCAGAUCAUCAGUUUCUCCAAAUAGCUCAAGGAGCUUGUGAGAUUCUCUCUAAGAAGGGAGAGAAGGUCCCUCUUUUGGUCUUGAUCCAAGAGCCUAGUGUUCAACCUGUCGUGUCAGGGAAGAAGAGUUUGAUGGAAUACGAAGAUGUUGUGGUAAUGGGGAAAUCUGAUUUCCAAGUUAUAAGACCAAAGGAUGAGUGUGAUGCAAUCUCUGUAAACUACACAUCAGGCACCACUUCGAGUCCCAAGGGUGUUGUUUAUAGUCACAGAGGUGCUUAUUUGAAUUCUUUGGCUGCUGUUUUACUCAACGAAAUGAACUCCUCUCCUACUUAUCUCUGGACUAAUCCAAUGUUUCAUUGUAACGGCUGGUGUUUACUGUGGGGUGUUACCGCGAUUGGUGGGACUAAUGUUUGUUUAAGGAAUGUCACCGCAAAGAAUAUAUUUGAUAAUGUUUCUAAGCACAAGGUGACUCACAUGGGAGGUGCACCAACUAUACUUAACAUGAUCAUCAACGCUACUGAAUCCGAGAAGAAGCCGCUUCCUUGGAAGGUUUCCUUUAUAACCGGUGCUGCACCGCCGCCUGCUCAUGUGAUUUACAAGAUGGAGGAGUUGGGGUUCUCUAUGUUUCAUUCUUAUGGGUUAACGGAGACUUAUGGACCAGGGACUGUCUGUACGUGGAAGCCUGAGUGGGACUCUUUGUCUAGUGGGGAGCAGGCGAAAAUGAAGGCGAGGCAAGGAGUGAAUCAUAUAGGGAUGGAGGAAGUUGCUGUUAAAGAUCCUGUAACGUUGAUGACUUUACCAGCUGAUGGUGUGUCUAUGGGUGAGGUUGUGUUUAGAGGGAACACGGUGAUGAAUGGUUACUUAAAGAACCCUGAAGCAACCAAGGAGUCUUUCAAAGGAGGUUGGUUUUGGAGUGGGGACUUAGGGGUUAAACAUCCUGAUGGGUACAUAGAGCUGAAAGAUAGGUCUAAAGACAUUAUAAUCUCAGGAGGAGAAAACAUUAGCUCGAUUGAAGUUGAGUCUGUUCUGUUUACUCAUCCUUGUGUUCUUGAAGCAGCUGUGGUUGCGAGGCCUGAUGAGUAUUGGGGUGAGACUGCUUGUGCAUUUGUGAAGCUUAAAGAUGGGUCUAAGGCCACGGAAGAGGAGAUUAUAAGUUACUGCAGGGGUAAGCUUCCACAUUAUAUGGCUCCGAGGAGUAUUGUGUUUGAGGAUCUUCCGAAAACAUCGACUGGGAAAGUUCAGAAGUUUGUUCUGAGGACUAAGGCUAAGGCUAUGGGAAGCUUAUCAAAGAAAGGAACAAGCAAGCUAUGAACUUGGUAAGCGUUUUUGGGUGUAUCAUGUUGGUUUAAGGUAAACCGGAAAUAUUGUACCACAGACAAUUCAAGUUGUGUUAUUCUGAAAUAAAGUAUCUUGUUGGUUAAGACAAAACCGGAAUUGUUGUUCUAAAAUAAACCAAGUUGAUAUAAAUAAAACAGGUCUGAAGUUG